AUGGUUCUCUUCAAACGAAAACCCGUCCGCUUCUUGCCGGCCGCGGAGAUUGAAGAUGAGAACACUGAGAUUUGGCACAUUCCUCAAACAGGGGAAGUUUUCAGUUCAUAUGAGAGUUAUCUUGACCGCAUGGACUUUUACAAACAGCGUCGUUUCAACGAUCAAAUCACAGGUCAUUCCGGUUUGACUUUUUUUGAGGCGUUGAAGAGUGAGCUUGCGGGUGGCAAAGAAGUCGAAGCUUCGUUUCCAGAGGCAUUGAAAGGUCCUAUACUGCGUAAGGUGCAGUUUCAGACCGUUUCACGCCUCGAUAACCUCGUCGAUCAAAUCUACGACGAGUUUAAGCAUGACUACUACCCUGGUGAAGAGGUUACAGUGACCAUGAAGGGAGGUGAUCGUGCUCAUGGACUUGUUCGCGACAAGACAACAUUCGGCCCACGCGCUCUUCCUGAUGGAAGCCAUUCUCUACCCACAACCCGCUACCUGGUGGAUCUCAAAGACUCCGAAGAAGAGACAAAUGUAACGGAUGAGCAUAUCUGCCGAGACCGCGGUAUCUUCACCAAGGCGAUGCUCAGGUCCUUCAUUAAGAAGACGGUCACUCGUGAUGCAUGGAAUGGUGCGCCAUGGUUGGUAAAAAAUGAGUAUGCAAGCCAGUAUCACAUCGACACGCGUGUGCCCCCUCAUCUUCGAUACGACAACAAAGUCAUGGAGCGCAAGCAGCUCCAAGCUCAGAAGCGAGCGCACAUGAACCAUGAGACCAACGGUCACGACUUGACCUCCGCUCUGCACUCCGGCCCCGUCCGUCUGCCAGAACUCAAACCAGCUCCUAAGAGCAAGGUGAAGCCGGGCCAGCAGGGAGCAGGCUCUAAGGGUCUCAAAUGGCCCCUCAACAUGCCUGUUCAUGGAGGCAAUCCGUUCAGCUCUCCUUCAGACUAUGGUAUCCAGACACCUAUCCAACGAGAACCCACCCCUCCUCCUCCCCCUCCCCCGCCUCCAAAGUACCCUAUUGAAGACCUGCAACUUGAGCCUCGAGAUGACAGAAAACGUCCGCCCCUCAAAUUCCUCUGCAGAAAUCCUCCAGUCAAGGUCGGAAACGACGACACGAUACAGAACGAUUUCUCCGACAAGAUCAACAUGGAAUCGAUUGGGCCUUUGCUCGAGACUUGGGAUACACUCAAUGUGUACUGUGAGGUUUUUAAGUUGGAUUCCUUUACCUUCGACGACUAUGUCGAGGCGCUUUGCGUUGCAUCGGAGCAACUGCCAAUCCAGCUAAUUGAUGAGAUUCACUGUUCGGUUCUCAAGAUUUUGGUCGACUCAGAGGCCGACGGUGGCAAGGUGCGAAUCAACCUACCCGAAGUCGACGAAGAAGACAGCGACGAGGAGGAAGAUGAGGACGAUAGCACCCUGCCCACUCCGGAGCCGGAAGUCAAGCCAGGAAGACGAGCCACUCGUAGCAGUCUUGCCAAGGCAGAGGCAGAAAGACUGGCUGCCGAGGCCGCAGUUAUCGAGAAGGAAAGUGAGGAAGAAACCAAACAUCGCGCCGAACAGCUUCUGAAAGACUAUGACUGGAUUGAGCAUCUUCGAAAGCGAGACUUUGUCAAUGGUGGCUGGGAGCGAAUUCUUGUUGGUCUUCUGCAUCAGCUAUCGAAGAAUGAACGCCGACACGAUGUUUGCGAGGAGCUUUUGCACCUCCUUGCGCCGGCCGGGGCAGAUGCUACUCAAGAAACCGUCAAGCAGCAAUAUGCUCAGCUCGACGUUAACCAGCGAGUCAAGGCUCUACAAAUCCUCUGCAUGCUGACCACUGAGACUAAGGCUAUGCGAGGCUAUAUGGAGGACUGCAGCGAAACCAUGACCACAUAUCGCAAGGAGCGAAUUGAGUUUCAGCGACAGCGCAAGCAAGCCAUCGAGGAUUUGCGUCAACUUAACGAGCAGAAGAAGAUCUUGUUGCCGGACAACAUGCCUCCUUCACCACCGAAGGAAGAGGACGGCGAUGUGAAGAUGGCUGAACCUGACGACUCAAUCGUGUCUCGAGAAGCUGACGGCGAAGAGACUGAAGAGGACCCGGCAUCCCGAAAGCGUCGACGACCUCUCACAGCUAAGCAGCGCAAACAAGAGGAAGAACAGGCUCGCAAGAAGGAAAAGGAAAAGGCUGCCAAGGCCGCCAAAACUCCUAAGCCUCCAGCUCAAUCAAAGCAGUUCACCAAACUCUUGAAGGACAUUCAGAAGAAGGAAGAUGUCAUCAAGAAGUGCGAAGAUGAAAUUGCUGUGAUCGAAAACGAUCUGCGCGAAGCCGACUGCCCUCGAACCCGAGUCCUUGGAAAGGAUCGUUUUUGGAACCGGUACUAUUGGUUCGAAAGGAAUGGCAUGCCGUAUGCUGGCCUUCCUGAUAGCUCAACAGCCUCAGCAGACUAUGCUAACGGUCUGAUUUGGGUCCAAGGCCCCGACGAACUCGAGCGAGAAGGUUACAUUGACCUGCCUGCUGAUCUUCAGGAGGAGUAUAAGGCAAAGUUCAACAUGACAGUACCUGAACGAAAGGCCAUGGAGGAGGCCAACACAAGCGUCUUUAACGCGCAUCAAUGGGGUUACAUCUCGGAGCCUGAACAUGUUGAUGAACUUAUCAAGUGGUUAGAUCCACGCGGGUUUAACGAGCUGAAACUUCGAAAAGAGCUCCUGAGCUUCAAGGACAAAAUUGCCAAGCAUAUGCAGAGUCGCAAGACCUAUCUUGCAGCUGAAGAAGAAGGCGAAAAGAAGGAGGAAACUCAAAAGCGCAUGAGCACUCGUAUCCGGGACAAGUCGCCCGACACACGCAACUAUCGCAGUCUCCAGUGGGAGAACACGACAGCGAUUGAGGAACUGGGACACUUGCAUAGUGACCCUCCCCCACCGCCACGAUCUCGAAAGCAGACUCGAAAGCGCGAGGCUGUUAAUGACGCCCCAGCCCCAGCAGCCAAGACCCGACGACGUUAA